AUGUCCCUGGUUGAAGGAAUAUUGCCCAUAAAAGUUUUGGUUACUCUUAGCUGUCUUAGAGUUCUUGAACUGCCGGAUAUAUGUUUUGGGUGUCACAAUCAAGUAAUUACCAUCCUUUACUUGAUUGUGAACUCUGCUACCUCAAAGAAGCGGGAGAUUGGAGUAAUUUUCUAUUUGUUCACUUACUUUUCUGUUCCAACUUCAGAUGAAAUAAACCUCUUAGAUAAUGCACUGAAAAAGCCGCGUAUGGCGAAGAUGCACACGAAAGAAGAUAUAAUCAGCAACUUGCCGAGCGACAUCAUAGAUAAUAUUCUAAUUUUUUUCCCGAUUCAUGAGGCAGCGAAGACUAGUAUCUUGGCAAUGAAGUGGAGGUUCAAGUGGAGAUAUCUUUCCAAAUUAGUAUUUGACAGUACGUUUUAUGAGAGAUCCAUAUUACCAUCUACUCCUACUACACAACCAAAUAUUUCUACACUCUUCCUUAAUAUCUUUAGAGUUUUAUUACUUCACCAUGGACCCAUCUUCAAGUUUACUUUUUAUGUUCCAUUGUUAAAAAAUUGUCCCGAGAUUAACCAGUUGUUUCUUUACCUGAUCGAGAAAGAUGUUCGAGAAAUUUCCUUUUACAUUGAAAGUAGACCUACAUUCUUUAGAUUGCCAUUAUUUAUGCCCUCAUGUGUGACAUUGAGGCGUUUGACCUUGUCCACAUGUUCAAUCAUAGUUAAAUUGGCAUUUCAAGGAUUUGUUAAUUUGAUUUCUCUCAAGCUUCAGCAGGUUUAUUUUGAAGCCAAUAUAUUUGAAACUUUCAUCUCCAAAUGCCCAUUACUUGAAGCACUUACUGUAAAAAAAUGUUCCAAUAUUGGUAACCUCGAUAUUAACCUUCCUUAUCUUAAGUUCUUUUACUUUGAUGGUUCUUGUAAGACUAUUUGCUUUGGAAAAAUUAGCCAAUGUCUUUCAACAGUUAUAUUUGAUGGAUACUUCAACUGUGCCGACACCUCUGCGAUGACCAAACUUUUCGAAUGUCUUCCUACUGUCGAGCACCUGUGUCUUGGAUAUUGCUUUUUUAAGUGCGUGGUUGGAAAAUUGCGGAGGAAACUUUAUCUUGGCUGUCUUAGAAUUCUUGAACUGCCUGAAAUAAGUUUCAGGCAUGCGGCUGAGAGCUCCACUGUUCUUACCUUGAUUAUGAGUUCUCAUAACUUAGAGAAGCUAGAGAUUUGGGUAAUUUUCUAUUCAUUCACUUGCUUUAUAAUUUGUCUGUCAUGUUACAUAUUUCCAAUCAAAAACUGACGUUUGAUGUGUUUUUCUCUUAGUUUGGUGCAUAUACAGAUGAAAUGCCACUUCUAAUUGAUCAAGAAAUUUUAAAAAUUCAAGACCUCGUAGACAAUGCACUGAAAAAGCUCCGAGUGGUGAAGAUGAGCCUCCCACAAAGUAAAGAAGUGAAACCUGAACUGAAAUUUAUUGAGUUUAUUUUGGCUAAAUCAGUAGAACUAGAAAAGAUGCUUAUAGAGCCUGGCAACAGAACAGUUGCUGAGGAACGACUCCAGAUUUUGAUCGAGAUUACUCGAUUUGAACGUUCAUCAAAAAAAGCAAAAAUAUUAUUCUUAGACCCUGAUCCUAUUGAUUCUGAUUAUGACGAUUAUGUUGGUUGUGAAUACUUAUAAUAGUUAUCUUUGGAUGUUUA